AUGCCGCCGGCACCGGCUCCCCCGCUCGAGCCCCGCUUUGUGUCUGCCGUCUUUCCCCUGACAUUGGAACAGCGGGAAGCCGCCCGUCGAGCCUUUAUCGAUGCAGUCGACCCCGACGCUCCUUGUCGUGUCUUCCGGCCACACGUCCGCGGCAGCUUCAACGUCUGCUACUUUGUCGAGUUCGACGACGGCGCCCGAUGGGUCGUGCGUUUCCCCAUUGUGUCCAAUGUCGACAAUGUCUGGGACAAGCUUCAGAGCGAGGUCGCCACGGUGCGGUGA